UUUUUUGACAUUAUAUUGACAAACGGGAACGAAAUUUGCGUUUUGCGUACAUGCAAAAAACUCCUAUUGCUAAUUUAUUUUUUACUUCUGCUAUGGUAUAGUUUCUCUCACACCAAUAUCUUCAUAGUUUUAAACAAUGAUUACGCUUAAUAGGAAAUUGAAAAAGGAGCACACUGCUGAGCCUCCAAAUGGGCUGACUGCUAAUGAUUCAGUGGUGAGAAGAAUAUCAGUGAGGGAUAAAUUGUUGAUAAAAGAAGUGCAGGAAAUGAAUGAAAACCUCCCUGCUACGUGUAGUGUACAUUUCGAGGACCCUAACGUGUUGAGUGAGUUCAUAUUGACUGUUGCGCCCGAUGAAGGGUAUUGGCAGGGAGGCAAAUUCAAAUUCAGUGUUUUUGUUACAGACGACUAUAAUAUGGCUCCACCAAGAGUAAAAUGUUUGACACGGUUGUGGCACCCUAACAUCAAUGUGGAUGGUGACGUGUGCCUGUCCCUGCUGCGGCAGACCUCCAUCGAUGAGCACGGCUGGGCACCCACCAGGAGACUGAAGGACGUUGUGUGGGGACUUAAUGCUUUAUUUACUGAUCUCUUAAAUUUCGAGGACCCUUUAAACAUAGAAGCAGCGGAAAUGUAUAACAAGAACAAAAUUGAGUUCCAGGCUAAAGUUCAAGAUUAUAUUGCUAAAGGCAAAAGAUGAAACUUAAGUAAUCAACUCACAACUGUAUUGUUAGAGAACAUUUUAACGAUGCCACGGUUUUUAUCACACGGGAAACUUAGCAUGGGAAACAAACAAUGUUAUUGUUCAAAUAGAUGCUUACAACGUGCUUCCAACUACAUAAGAUGUGUAUAAACUUAUAUUACUGGUUCUUGUUUAACCAAUUAAUCAUCAUCAAUUAGUAAAUUAAGUUUUGAUAUUUUUUAUGCAGUAGGUUUGCUAGAAUUAUAUUUUCUUCUUUGAGUGUGUCAUUUAAACUAAUUUGUGAUGCAACAGUUAACGUAAAUUAUUCACAUAGUUAAUUAAUAUGUCAUAAAAACACAUUUGAUGAUGUAGUCAUUAAUUAGCAAUAAUAAAAUAACGAUAUUCUAAACGACCAGACGAUUAUGAUGGAAACAUUUUAGUGAGAAUUUUGUAAUAGACAAAUGAUACAAACAAAGAUUGGUGUUAAUAGAUUUAAUGUUAGUAUAUUUAAUCAUGUAAAAACUGUGUUAUGAUAGUCAGUUCUAGUUCAUCAUAAGGCUCUUUAUAUAUUGCACAAUUGAAAUACUUAUGUAUUUAACGGCGCGUCUAGGCUUCAGCUGCAUCAGCCACCCUAUAACGAAUGGCUCAGCAAUAUAUUGCUUGGAUGUCAGUGUCCGUAAACUGUUUUUGCUGGUUAGGCAAUUUUUUGCCAACAUUGCAGCCACAAAUUGCAGAAAAAUGUAGCUCGUUUAAACGCACCCUUAGAUACAUACUCAUUUUGUAAGCAAAUUUUGCACAUAUUUUUAUACAAAAGCAAAGCAAUACUGUGUGGUCUUAUGAAAUACAUGAUAUACAUAUUUGCAGUGUGAAAUGCAUAUAUGAGUUUAUAUUAAGAUAUUAUAUAAUCACGCUUAUUUAGAAAUUGUAGCUGUGCCCCGCGAUUUUCAAAGCGUAACUUACAAAUCCGAGUGGUACCUAGUUCCUAGUAUUGGCGCGUUUAACUAUGCAGUUAAUUACUUAAUAGCUUAGUGCCAAAUUGUUCUCGAAGCGAUGAAAUCGGAUGCAAUGCAAUUUUACCCAUUGUUUUCAUACUUAUCUUUACCCUUAUCUGUACCCUUUAUUCUGCUAAAUUGCCAUUUCCCAUGCUAAAUUUCCCAAUCGUAGUAUAUUGUAUAAUAUAAUAAAUACUCCAAAAAAAGCAGUGAUAAUAUUAUGAAUUUGUGUUUCGAAAACUGGUGUAUUUUUUAUGAAAUUAAAUUCUUGCAAGACAAGUACUUGAAAACAAUUUAUAGUGUAAAAAGUAAUAGUGACAAUGGUCUUCCUGUAUUUUAGGGAUGUAAAUUCUUUAUUACUGAAAUAUUUAAAUUUAUUUAAAAAAUAUACCAGUUUGAUAUUUACCAUAGAAAUAAAACGCGCGUUGAUCGCGACUAUUUAAAAUUUCAUGUAAUUUGUGCAUGUCAUACUUUGAAACAAAGAAAUAGAUUUUUGAAUAAAAUCAAUUUUCAUAUCAUAA